UUUUACUAAAUUGUGAUAGGUUAAUCGAGUAGCCAGUUGGUUCUAUCUAGUAUAUCUGAUGGUAGUAGUAUAAAUACUGGGCAUAUCACUUUGCCUUACGAAUUCUAAAAUAGCAGUGUUCAACGGAAAAUUUACAUUUUCUUUUAUCAACUAGACAUAUUUAGACUCGGUACCUUUAAGCAAAUGUUUCCAAGGGAAGGAUUUUGCAGGCGGACACAGAUCAAACAACAUGGGCAUCAACUUGUUACUUUUUGCUCUUUUAGUUUUAAAUAAACAGUUCACGUUUGUUUACUGUGUGAGAAGAUUUUAAACAACUGUUAAUUCUGACUGAGAGUUGAAAUUGUCGUAGUUAUUUUCUUUUGUUAGUUAUCGAUAUGAGAUUGCUAUUUUUGGCUUGUUUAAGUCCAAAAACAGGAAAUUGUACCACAGCCGAAAGGAUCAGGAAACACAUAGAAUCAGCGGGUCACAUAUGUGUUCUUCGAGAUAUAGUGGACUUCCAUUCUCCCGCUGACGUUACAAGUUUGGUGUCGGGAGAGCCAUCUUUUGAAGGGGCACUUGCCAUUCACCUAUAUAAAGGAGGCAGACUUCUCCUUGGCAGCAAGGCCCCGUACGGGAUCAUCUUUGGAGGAACAGACCUCAACCAGGACGUGAAAGAUGAGAAGAAACGUGCAGUGAUGGAACAGGUGCUGAAGAAAGCAAGGUUUGCUGUUGCAUUCUCCUACAAAAUGAAGGAAGAGGCUGAAGUCUUCUGGCUGUCCCAGAGCAGCAAAAUCUAUAUCCAGCCCCAAGGGAUCGAGACCGGGGCCGCGCCGAGCUUCAGCUGGAGGGCCUUCCUGAAGAGUUCAGGUGUGAAUGGCACAGGUGUGGAGGAUCUGCGCGUUUUCCUCCUGGUCUGUGGCCUUAGGAGAGUGAAGGACCCUCUUUACCUAGUGGAGGCAUUCUCAGAGUGGCAUGCAGAGGAUCCAUCUGUCAUCCUGAUCAUCAUCGGACCAAAGAUCGAUCCUGUGUUCACUGGGGAGGUGGAAGUGAAUGUUGAAAGAGCGCGGGGCGUCUACCUCACCACGGAAAGGAGUCAGGAGGAGCUUCACGCUGCCCUGAAGAUGUGCUUUGCACUGGUCAACAGCUCCGUCUCAGAAGGGAUGUCGGCCGCCAUUUUGGAGGCCAUGCACCUGGGGGUUCCUGUGGUGGCCAGGGACAUCCCGGGGAACGCCGCCAUCAUCCGGCACGAGGACACGGGGCUGCUGUUCGCCACCCCUCAGUGAAUGGCCAGGUCCAAGCCUCCUUUGUGCAUUCCCCUACCCAAGACUGUGGAAGCCAUGAAGUGGCAAUACCAGAACACUAUCGUCUUCACGUUCUCUCAGACCAGACCAAACUUUCAUUUACACAGCAUUAUGGGCCAUUAGGACAAUGUACUAUCAAGAUUCAAGUGCAGCCUGGAGCACAGUCAUAUGGAUGUGGUAGUUAAAAACACAUUGUACAUGUGAUUCUAUGCUAACAGACCUCUUGGGUGGUUUUUUUAUUUUUCUCAACACAGUGCAUUCUUGCUCUGCCAUCAAUCCAGCGGCCCCCAGGAGACGCUGACAGGGGAGGGGUCUGGGUGUUGUAAUUCUCAUCCAGAAUUAACCGAGUGGCCGUUGGCCUGGCUUUGGCCAGAGCUGGCCAGGAGAUUUGUCCGUUCUGCAGCAGCGGUCUGAGCUGAAAGCUUACAGAGUGGGGAUGUACUGUAGGAGCCAAAUCAAACCUGCUUAAGAAAUGCCCUGCUCCUGACUUGAAAAAUAAAUGGGAAAAAAAGCCAAACUUCUGGGUGCAAUACACUUUCACUGCUGUUCUGGGUUGUCGUAGUGAUUAAUUUUAAUGAGUUUGUCUUUGUUUCACCUCCCUCUCUGACCAGCCUUGUGUUUGUCUUUGUGUUUGUGAGAGCCCAGAGUCGUGAGAAGAAACCUGACAGAUGGCCUUUCUUGACACCUCAGGGCUAAAUAAUUAACAAACUUAUCAGGGUUGUAGAGAAGGUGGAGGUUAAGCAAAGUGAAGCCAUCUGAUCAGCUGUUUAGUGAGCAAUCAAUCCUUUGAGUGACACGCAUCAUCCACUGAGGAUUCACCCUCUCAUUUUUCCUUCUGUACAUAUCACACUUCACAGAAUCUCAUCACACAUGAAAGCAGCCUUCAAGUUCAUAUCACUACCUGUCUUGAUAAGGUUUGUCCAAAACUGCCAUUAAGCCAGGUUGUCACAUUUUGAAAAAUGGUGAAAACACAGUGAAGGAGAAUUUAGGCAAGAGACCCGGUAGCUGUCUGAGUCAGCAUUUUCCAUUCAGUGAACAGUUUCAGUAAACAAACUCGAGCGAGUCGCAGUUCUGUUCUUCGUAAUUAGGUGCUAACGUACAUUGUCCUCUCUCCGUUCC